AUGGCAACAUUACUGGAGACCAUGGCGCACGUCGACGAAUCUGGUCACCCGGAACACAAUGGUGUCUCUGGAUCGAACGAGACGGCGGGCGGGGUGAAUCCGUUUCACGGCGACCAACACCGACAGUUCCUGGCCUCGUACCUGGAAAAGGGUGAGGACACCAUGCUGGCUUUCAUGACCGCGCAUCUCCGUACCGGCGGCGCCUACUGGGGACUGAAUUGCCUUGAUCUGAUGCGAUACGACAUCGGAGAGACACUGACCCUCGAUCAGAAGGAAUUUGUGGCACCGCGACCUGUUGUAGGAGCCUCUGCUCCGAGCACUGGAAACUCGUCUACUCCUAAUGGCCACGCCACGGUGGGGAAAGAGGACGAUGUUGGGGCGACAAACUUUAAAGGCGUUGCUGCAGUAGAAACAACGCCAGCACAAGUUGUAGGAACAGUAGAUGUAGAUUCUUCUUCUUCUUCUUCAUCCUCGAAGGCCAUUCUCAAGCGCUGGAUUUUGGACUGUCAAAACCCAGAUGGCGGCUUCAGCAGUAAUCCGGGGCAAGACAGCCACAUCACGUCCACACAAUACGCUCUACUGGUGUUGUGCUUACUGGAAGAAGAUGAUGAAGAGCACGAAACCACCAGCACAACAUCACAGAAUGUGAAUGGAGAUAGUACAACCAGAGGAGCCGCCAUCAACAAACACAAACGUCGAAUCAUUCAGUGUCUCGAGACGGAAACGAUCGAUAUUGACCUGAAUUUACUGACCGAGCAGCACAUUCAGGAACGAGAAGGGAGAAAACGGGAAAACAAGAAGACAGGUGAACACGAACAAAACUACGGAGCUGAACCCGAAGCGAAGGGAGCACAAGGGAGCGGGACGAUCAUGAUGACGCGGAAGGAAGCCAUUCUUCGUUUUGUCCAGUCCCGGCAACUGCCCAGGGACGAGAAGACCAAGGGUGCCUGUUUCGCGGCCGACAAGUGGGGCGAAAACGACACGCGGUUCGUGUACGGGGCCUUUUCCAUCUGUCGCGUCCUCCUCCGGGACGACGCUACUGCCAGAGUGGAGGACUGGGUAAACGUGGACGCCGCCUGUGCUUACCUCCGUUCUUGUUACAACCCUGACGGGGGGUUCGGCUGGAAGCCCGGGUCGGAGUCUCAUGCCGCGAGCUGCUGGUAAGUAAUGAAAUAGAUGCUUGCCUCCAUUUCACUUUCCUUGCCAAAAAUGUUUGGACUUUCGUUUCUGCGCUGCUCGCUGGGAGCAUGCACAGUGAAGAUAGUGCUGAAGGAGCUUGCUGCUUCUGGGGAGCAGGAGUACUCGCAGCGCUUGGGACGAUGAUGAAAUGUUGUGUGAUAAAUCCUAGCCGCCCUACUCCUGCACCAAGAACAGCCACCUGUUUGCUGCUCGUGUUGAUGUCUAUAAAAGAAAGUUUUAUUUGUUUUUGAUUCAUCUCCUCUUGGUACGAAAAUAAAAUCGACACCACAGGGUCUGCCUCGCUGCGCUCUCCCUCGUCAAUCGCAUCGACAGUCAAGUGGACCGUGAUCAGACCGGCUGGUUUCUCUGCAGCCGCCAAACGGAUUUUGGCGGCUUCAACGGCCGACCGGAGAAAGCUCCGGACGUGUGCUACUCGUGGUGGAUUCUGGCGUCGUUGCAAAUUAUUCAGAAAAUGCACUGGAUCGACGAUGUAAAGUUGAGAAAAUGGAUCUUGGAAUGUCAGGACACUGAGGAAGGCGGCAUUGCUGAUCGCCCUGGGAACAUGCCCGACCCUUUCCACACAUUCUUCGGUGUCGCGGCAUUGAGUUUGUUGAAUUUUGCAAACGGAAGCUCAGGAGGAGCGUCUGGGCAUAUUGGAGAAGUGGCCACAGGAGGACCAGUCGGGUUUGCAGCAACGAGAACGUCACGAGCGACUGCAACGACUUCGAAGAAGGGCGGCAAGGGAAUAGAGAUCCGAGAUCUAAAGCCCAUAAACCCUACGUUCGCCCUUCCAGUUGAUACGCUCGAAACUUUGGGGCUUGUCUCCUGAUCCGCGACCAACAACAUCAUCUCAGUUUUUUUCCUCCCCAAGGCGACCGAUUAUAGCGACAGUUUUCAUUCCACCAAUUGUGUCACUCAUUUUCACGCCACGUGAGGUC